ACCAAAAUCCCAAAAAAAUAAAAAAUAAAAAAAAACUCCCGCUUAUUCUCUCAUUCAAAAAAACAAAGAAACACCGCCCAAAUGUAACCGUUGGGAUACCUUCUUUUCUAUAAAAGAUCUCUCCGUCCCUACGCCCAUCUCUCAUUACCUUUUCUCUCUUUCUCUCUCUAACCCCCCUCUCUCUCUCUCUCUCUAACUCGUCUGGUUUCCCACAAAACCCUCCUCUUCUUAGUUCGUCUUUUUCGAUCCCAAAGAAAAAAUGCGUGAGAUUCUUCACAUUCAGGGUGGUCAAUGCGGCAACCAGAUCGGAGCCAAGUUCUGGGAGGUCGUUUGCGCCGAACAUGGCAUCGAUUCCACCGGAAGGUACCAUGGUGACUCUGAGCUUCAGCUUGAGAGGAUCAAUGUCUACUACAACGAAGCCAGUUGUGGUAGGUUUGUUCCCAGGGCUGUUCUCAUGGAUCUUGAACCUGGUACCAUGGACAGCGUUAGAUCUGGAACUUACGGUCAGAUCUUCAGGCCUGAUAAUUUCGUUUUCGGUCAGUCCGGUGCCGGAAACAACUGGGCUAAAGGCCAUUAUACCGAAGGCGCGGAACUGAUUGAUUCUGUUCUUGAUGUGGUCAGAAAGGAGGCUGAGAACUGUGAUUGCCUGCAAGGUUUUCAGGUCUGCCAUUCUUUAGGUGGAGGAACUGGUUCGGGAAUGGGUACUCUUUUGAUUUCCAAAAUCAGAGAGGAAUACCCAGAUCGGAUGAUGCUCACUUUUUCCGUCUUCCCUUCCCCAAAGGUUUCUGACACUGUUGUGGAGCCCUACAACGCGACGUUGUCGGUUCACCAGCUUGUUGAAAAUGCUGAUGAGUGCAUGGUUCUUGACAACGAAGCUCUCUAUGACAUUUGCUUCCGCACCCUCAAGCUCACCACCCCAAGCUUUGGUGACUUGAACCAUUUGAUUUCUGCAACAAUGUCCGGAGUCACCUGCUGUUUGAGAUUCCCGGGCCAAUUGAACUCUGACCUUCGGAAACUUGCAGUCAAUCUCAUCCCCUUCCCUCGUCUCCACUUUUUCAUGGUGGGUUUUGCUCCUCUCACCUCUAGGGGUUCUCAGCAGUACAGAGCCUUGACUGUCCCAGAGCUUACCCAGCAAAUGUGGGAUGCCAAAAACAUGAUGUGUGCGGCUGAUCCACGCCAUGGGCGUUACCUCACAGCUUCGGCUAUGUUCAGGGGUAAGAUGAGCACCAAGGAAGUUGACGAGCAGAUGAUCAAUGUACAGAACAAGAAUUCCUCCUACUUUGUGGAAUGGAUUCCCAACAACGUGAAGUCCACUGUCUGUGAUAUCCCACCCACAGGCUUGAAAAUGGCGUCCACUUUCAUUGGAAACUCAACUUCGAUUCAGGAGAUGUUCCGCAGGGUGAGCGAGCAGUUCACUGCCAUGUUCAGGAGGAAGGCUUUCUUGCACUGGUAUACCGGUGAAGGCAUGGACGAGAUGGAGUUCACUGAGGCAGAAAGCAACAUGAAUGAUCUUGUUUCGGAGUAUCAGCAGUACCAGGAUGCCACAGCUGACGAGGAGGACUACUAUGAGGACGAAGAGGAGGAGGAAGUGCAUGAUAUGUGAAGUGGAUCGAGAAAAAUAUGGUGGUUUUGAUUUGGCCGAUGGAUGUAAAAUUACUGCAACUUCCAGUUGCCGGUCUCUGGCGAUGGGUUGUUUGGGGUAGAUGUAGGCCAUAACUAUCAAUGAAAAUUUAAAUUUGUUUCUGACUUUGGUUCUUUCUUAUGUAAUUUAUGGAGAAUGAGACAAUAGGAUCCUUUAAUGUUCCAUUAAUAUUUUCAUAUAUAUUUUUCUUCAAGUAAAUUUUUUUUU